CUACAGUUAAGGACGUUAAUAAAGAAGAGGCUAAACGAGUCAGUUUAUCGGUUUUUUUAAAGGACAGAUCUAUUUAUCUUACUCGUGAUAGUGAUUCCCGAGAGCAUGGAUAGCAUGAAGAUGCUGGAUAUCCCUCAGCUUAGUAAUGAGAUGCAGCUGAAAAUUAUGCAUAUGGUGAAGAGUGGAGAGCUGAGCAUCGAUGACGCUCUGGACCAGGCCAGAAGAGACAAACUGCAGCUGCUCCAGAGGAACUUCGAUUUAGAGGAAAAACAAGCCUCGCAGUACAACUUCAGUGUGCACAAACUUAAUGCUUACAGAUGGCAAAAAAGGGUACUCCAGAUUGAUUUCAGCACAAAGUUGGUUUGCAGUAUUGAGAAAGGCAUUGUGAAGAGGCAGUUUCCUUUUCAGAACAUUAAAAACUGCCAUGAUGCUGCAGGGACCAGGUUAACAGUGUUGUUCAAGAACCACCAUGACUACGAGCUGGAGGCUAUGUCUCCACAGGACAAGCAAAAAAUCCUGGAACUGAUAAAUCAGAUAAUUUACAGGAAUAUCCAAUCUGAAGAUAUUUAUGCGAAGCUUGAACAGCGGCCAGCGUCCCCAAAAAGGCUUCGUGAGGGCCAGGUGCUUCUGCAGCGAGGAGGGCUAGCAUCGUUCAAAUGGAAGAAGUAUGAAGCACAUCUCUAUACAGGACACCUGACCCUGUUCUCGACAGCGCAUUGUCAGUAUGAAGAUGAGGCUGAUGUGCCUUCCAUGUCCUCCAACCUGCCAAUCAUCAUUCACUUCUCUGACGGCAAUGCCAGCGUAGAGAGCCACUGCACUUGUGACUCUCUGUUUAUGUUACUCACUAACAGCAAUGAGUUCCAUUUCCGGAUUCCAGUAAACGGACAGAUGAAUUCGGAGGUCAUUAGGAACGAAAGGGAUGCCUGGGUUAAAGCUAUUAACAAGUUAUGCAUGGACUGGAAACGCAAAUCUCAGCAUGUAUAUGAAGAACUCAGAGAAUCUGCCAAGACUGAAGGAGCCAUUGAAGAGUGUCAGUCUGAAUAUGAGAGAGAGCCAGAGACUGACAGAGUGCAGGGCAAUAAUGGUUCUAUUGAAGCGCCACCCAGUGUAUUGGCUGUGAAUGUAUCUGCUCCUUUACCAGAGCCAAUGCUCGAACCAGUGUACUUUACUGCUCCAAGGUUAGAGCAAGUCCCUGAGUUAAAGCUACCAUCCACACGACUGAAAACUCCAGAGCCACAACCAGAGCCAGAGACAGUGGCACAGCUUGUAACCGUGACAUCACUGGUGUCUGCCUCAGCCCUGAUUCCGUCUCCUCCUAUGCCACCUCCUAUGCCCAAGAAGAGCAAGCCAAAAACACAGAAAGAGAGAACCAAGGCCUUUCACUGGGACGUUGUUAUACAAGACAAGAUUGCGAAGUCAUUGUGGGCGCGGGGAAGUCCUCGAGAAAUUGAAAUCGACACAUCGCGUCUGUAUGAGCAAUUUGGAGUCAAAGACUCGGGGCACGGUUCUAGCGCAGAGUCCAGUAAUCAUGCUGAAAUCCUGCUCAAUGCAAAAGUCGCCCACAACUUCAAUAUUUUCCUCAAAAGUUUCCCAGUGCAACCUAAAGAGCUCAAGGACAAAUUGUUCAUUGUUGAUGAGGGUGAAGGAGGCCUGUCUGAUGAACACAUUGCUUCUCUCAGGAGGUAUGUGCCAACUCCAGAUGAUAUAGAGAUGUACAAGUCCUAUAAAGGAGAUGUAAGCGAACUGCACAUGGUUGAUCAGUAUAUGUUGGAGUUGUGUAACAUCCCAUACCUGAGCACUCGACUGGACCUUCUGUUAACUCUCAGAGAACUGCCCAUCAGCAUUGAAGACCUGACACCGCUGAUUAACCAGAAGAUUGUCAUGUGUCGUCAGCUGUGGGGCUGUGAAACAUUCACGUACGUGCUUGAGUACCUGCUGACCAUCGGCAAUUACCUCAACCAGCAUGCCGGCAAAGAAAAGGCCAAGGGAUUCCGUCUCUCAUCCUUAACGAAGCUUUCGCAACUACGUGGGAAUGAGAAGAAGUUCACCUUGCUGCAUGCCCUUGUUGAGCAGAUCAUGUUGCAUGAGCCCCGUUUGGCCACGUUUUUCCAGGAGUUGACGGAAUUUGAGACCGUCCCAGGGGCAUCAAUUAAAGGCCUAACAGCUGAGGUGGAUGUUGUGAAGAAUGAGCUACAGAAGGUCAUUCAGUACAGGAAAACAUACAAGUGGAAAAACCAGCACUCCAAAUUCUCGAAAGACUUAAAGACAGCCAUCGAAAAGUAUGAAGCGGAUCUCAGCCAGCUGACGAAGAGGUGCACGGAGAUGAGGAAACUCUACGCUGACAUAUUGGUGAAAUUCGGAGAGCCCUUGGAUCAGGAUUCUCAAGAAGUGUUUGGCUGGGUUUGCCAGUUUAUCAACGAAUUCAAAAAGGUCCACGCAGAGUUCACGUGCUGAGACUUGCCACCACCAGAGUGUUUAUUGGUGUGUACGUGCAUAUGUGUGUGUGUGUGUGUGUGUGUGCUUUUGUGUAUGACUAAGAAGCCUGACCUGGCCUCUCAGGCAUAUCAGAGAAGGCGUGUCGAUCCAAAGACCAUUUGAAUGUCAGUCUAAACUGAAGAGCAAGGUUUUCGGUGAGCAGCCUAAUCCAAGGGUUUAAUGAAGGAUUUGCUGGAUCUAUUGCCGAUCCGGUGUUUACUUUGAUUAAAAGUCCUGGGCAGAUUUACUGAAAGCUGAAAGCAGCUCUCUCUCACUCCAGUCCAUAACAAAGAGCACUGCUGGAUGCACUGCUAGCUCAGGAGAAACUGCUCGGUUGGAAGCCGAUAUAGAUCGGCUGUUACUUUUUUGGAGAGCUCUUUCAAUGGAAGUUACUGGGCUGGAGAUGACAAACGGGGGCUGCCAAGCUACCAGCGGCCACACAGCUGCCCAAGAAGGAGGGAGGGCAGAGCAAUGGCCAAAGCCAGCUGAACCCCAUACACACAUAUCUCUAGACGCUUCAACAUGAAGACUUCGCUGGACUGCUUUUGUUCCUCCUCUUCAUUUAAAUUAGCUUUGCAGAUAAGCCAUGCUUUAGAUUGAUUUUGCUCUGUGACUUGAGGGAGCAUGGGGCUCUAUGUGUCUUACAUUUUAAGCAGACAUCAAGCAGCAGACAGAUGUGUCCUUGAUUUUAAAAAGCUAAAUAUUUUGAAAUAAUGGAAGUCUAGGCAGCUCAUUGCUCACAUGUGCCACAAAGCAGUAUUUCAACAAAAUCGAUUGCCAUUGAAAACCCAAGUGUUGCAGCAUACAUGAGAACAGGUCAGAGAUAAUAAAAAAGAUGUGUUUGGUAAUUCAAAGUGAGAAAGGAAACCCAGAAAAGUUUGAUUUUAGGCAAUGUGCACAGUACUGUGAAACAAUAAAACUGAACCGAUUAAAUUGAUAUAAUGUUUUUAUUGCAUAUGUCUCUGGGAUGUCUGCAGGCCCUGGAGGAGUUUUAUAAUACUCAAAUCAUCAUCUCUGUCUGGCAGACGAAAAAUCCCUUCUCUCUACACUCUAGAUGUGCAAUCUUUAAUGUCACAAGAACAAUAACAUAGAAAGUGGACCUUGGAAUGAUCCAAUAAGCAUUGGUAUUGUAGCCAAUUAAACUAUGGUGCAUCUGAAGCCAGAAUGUGAGGACAGUGGAUGACCUAUGGAUACAAGGUUAGCAGAGUUUUUGUCCAUAGAUGCCACAAGACAAACUCUUCUAUCAUUCAUGCGCAUUGGGAUAAUUUAUUAGCAAAUGCGUUUAAACGCAUUAUUGGAUAAAACACAAACUUAACCGACAACAUAUCUAGCCUUCAAUAUAUAUAUAUGAUUUUUACAUUAAUAGCGCCAGUUUGUGUUAUGUUCACACCUUUUUUUGAGUCUAUUAUGGGUUGCAUUGAAAUUUCCAGACUAACAAAGUACAUUUGUCUGCUUUCUGGUCGACUAGUUGAUGCAUGCAUUCACUAGUCGUGUUGUCGGGGGCGGUGGAAAAAAAAAGACGGUGAGACAGACAGUAAGGAAAUGAAAGCAGACAGCAAAGAAAAGCAACUAAAUAUACUUUACUAGUCUGAAACUAUUUCAGAAUAGAUGAAGCCAAUUCUACAGUCAGCUGCACAUUGUGUAAGACUAUAUUUCUUUCUUUCAUUUUAAUGUAACAUUAUCACUUUUAUAUUAUUUUGGAUGAAGUGUAAAUUCCUCUUGAAGGAAUUCCUCCUGCAGUUAUAUUUGCUGUCCUGUAAAGUCAAAUAAAUUGUUAAUGAAAUCCUUGCACUGUGGCAUAAUGAAUUCUGUAAAAGAGUGCAUUCGCUGCUACACGUUGCAUGACACUAUCCAAUCACACUCUGCUUGCUUUGAGCCUGGAAGCCAAGCCAGACUCAUUUGCAGAUUAUACAAAGGCAAGUCUGGGACAAAUAAUUCUACCCAAGAAAUGCUGUUUAUUGAUCUAUAUAGAGGACUCUGUUUGAUGGACAUGAGCUUUCAUGCUGUGUGUUCUCAGUUCCACAAAAACAAAUUCAUCUGAUCCAGCAGAUCAUCAUUUUAUUAGGAACUGGUAUGCUGUUUGUCCACAUUCUGAAGCAUUUACCCUAAACAGAUGCCAAUCAGGAUACUCUGCAUUUCUUUGGACUGGGAGGAAACCCUUGAAGUACAGGGAGAACCUGCAGACUCUGUACAUACUGUUCGGAGAUUGUCACACUGAACCGAGGCUGAGGCAAAACCGCUAUCUGCGGUUAUCCCAAGUGUUUUUGUAAAUGUAUGGUUGUUAAU